AUGGCUGCGCGAACGUUGAGAAUAGGUCUGAUCCCGGGUGACGGUAUCGGCCGCGAAGUUAUCCCGGCCGGCAAACGCAUUCUUGAAUCCAUCCCGUCCUCUCUGGGCCUCAAGUUCUCCUUUGUCGACCUCGACGCCGGCUUCGACUGCUUCAAGCGCACGGGCAGCGCCCUCCCAGACAAGACGGUGGAAACACUACAGAAAGAAUGUGACGGAGCUCUCUUUGGAGCAGUGAGCUCCCCGACGACCAAAGUCGAAGGCUACACGUCCCCGAUCGUGGCGCUGCGCAAGAAACUCUCGCUCUACGCCAACGUGCGGCCCUGCAAGACGACGGCCUCGCCCGCCUUUGCGUCGCCGACGCCUCACCCGAUCGACCUCGUCAUCGUGCGCGAGAACACGGAGGACCUCUACGUCAAGGAGGAGAAGACGUACGCUGACCCUUCGGGCGACGGGGGCCAGGUCGCCGAGGCCAUCAAGCGCAUCUCGAGCAAGGCGUCGUGGCGCAUCGCCGACAUCGCAGGCGACAUCGCCGUGCGGAGGCAGAGGAUGCGCUCGCAGCACCGCCGCGACGACACGCCGGGCAUGGUCACCAUCACGCACAAGUCCAACGUGCUCUCGCAGACCGACGGGCUGUUCCGGUCGACGGCGCGCGAGGCCCUGCAGGGCCAGCCCAAGUUCGCCGGGCUCAGGGUCGAGGAGCAGAUCGUCGACAGCAUGGUCUACAAGCUGUUCCUGCAGCCGCAGUACUACGACGUCAUCGUCGCCCCGAACCUGUACGGCGACCUGCUGAGCGACGGCGCCGCCGCCCUGGUCGGCAGCCUGGGCCUCGUGCCCAGCGCCAACGUCGGCGAGGGCAUCGUCAUCGGCGAGCCGUGCCACGGGAGCGCCCCCGACAUCGAGGGCAGGGGCAUCGCCAACCCCAUCGCCACCAUCCGCAGCGUCGCCGUCAUGCUGGAGUUCCUGGACCUCCCCGACGCCGCGAACGCCAUCUACAGCGCCGUCGACAAGAACUUGGCCGAGGGACGAUUCGUCACCCCCGACCUGGGUGGGAAGGCGUCGACGGAGGAAGUGCUCGAGGAUAUCCUGAAAAAGUUGUAA